AUGCCAGGCGGUGCCGAUCUUGGCUAUUGCCGGCAAUUGAAUGGCGAAGGUAACCGCCGGAUCCGCCAAUAUGUUGAAAGGGGAGGGUCCUAUCUUGGCUUCUGUGCUGGCGCUUAUUAUGGGAGCGGCCAGUGCGAGUUCGAGGUCGGCAACAAGAAUCUUGAGGUCAUUGGUAAACGUGAGCUUGGGUUUUACCCGGGCAUAUGCCGCGGCCUUGCAUUCCCAGGAUUUGCCUACAAUAGCGAAGCUGGCACGAGAGCUGCGGAGUUGAAAGUUUCCAAAACAUUCCUCACAAAAGGCUCGGUUCCAGAGGUCUUCUGCUCCUAUUAUAAUGGCGGUGGUGUCUUCGUCGAUGCGAAAGAUUUCCAUGAUAAAGGAGUUGAAAUAUUAGCAGAAUAUGCAGAGCCUUUGAAGGUUGAUGCUGGCAAUGGCAAAGCGUCAGCAUUGUAUUGCAAUGUUAGCAACGGUGGCGCUGUGCUGUCAUCCACGCAUCCUGAAUUUGCCGCAGCCAAUCUUGGGCAUGCCAAAAUUCCUGGGUAUGACCAGAUCAUUGAAGCAUUGAAACGAGACGAUGGAAAGAGGAUAGAUUUCUUGAAGGCUUGCUUAUCAAAGCUUGGACUGGAAGUCAGCCAGGAAGAUAAAACGAUACCCCCUCUCUCUCGACUCCAUCUUUCGUCUGCUUUACCUGCCGCAACUUCUCAGGUAGUCUCUUCACUAUCAGAGGUCAUUAUCGAUGAAGGAGGCUUCAAACAUAUGAAAGGGGAGAAUGACACCUUUUUCUUCGAGAAGCCUUCUGCUUGGUCUCUUGUAGACUUGAAAGACGCCCUACCAGAAGAAGAUACCUCAGAGGCUGACGAAGCUCGCUCCGAUGAUGAUAGAAUUCCUGACUAUAACAGAGUACUCAAGCAUAUUGUUAUACAUGACGAGACCAUCCCAAAAUCUAAAGAAACCCCCUACUUCAAUCACUCAACUUUUUAUGCAAGUCUGCAAGACUACAGUGGGGACGCAGAAAUAGAAGGCAUAUUUGGAAACAGUCUUUUGUAUGGAGAGGUCGUCACUAGCACCAAUACCUUACUGGAAAAGAAUACCGCCUUGCUGCGCCGUUUGCCCACUGGCUUCACCGCGACAGCGACCUCUCAAAUCGCAGGACGUGGUAGAGGCUCGAAUGUUUGGUUGUCUCCCGCCGGCUCCUUGAUGUUUUCUACUGUGAUCCGCCAUCCUACGUCCCUGCUUGCAAAGGCACCUGUUAUCUUCCUACAAUACAUUGCAGCCAUCGCCAUCGUCGAAGGUGUCAAGACAUACGAACCCGGAUUCGAAACUCUGCCGCUCAAGUUGAAAUGGCCUAAUGAUAUCUAUGCUCUCGACCGAUUCUCAGAGCAAUACGUCAAAAUUGGCGGCAUCCUCGUAAACUCUCAUUACGACUCUUCCGAGUUCCUAGCUGUCGUGGGUAUUGGCCUAAAUACCACUAAUGCAGCACCAACCACAAGUCUUAAUGCUCUCAACCCUCCAGUGCCAUUCGUCCUCGAAAAAUUACUAGCUCGCAUACUUGUCACAUUCUCGAAUUUAUACAAGGCUUUCACCGUUACUGGAUUUAAUAAGGAUCUGGAAGAGACUUACUACAAGUAUUGGCUGCAUAGUGACCAAGUGGUCACUUUGGAGACUGAAGGUGGUGCUCGAGCACGCAUCAAGGGAAUCUCAAGCGAUUGGGGACUGUUGGUGGCUGAAGAGCUGGGGCAGAAUGAUCGUGCAACUGGAAAGAGAUUUCAGUUGCAGAGUGACAGCAAUAGCUUUGACUUCUUUAAGGGGCUCGUGAAGAGGAAGAUGUAA